AUGAAGGGCAUGAUGCAGGAGGUAAAGGAAGGCACGAAGGAGAAGGUUGAGGGAGCCAAGGCCGGGCUCAAGGAGUCCAUGGAGUAUGCCAAAGCGGACGUGAAGCAGACGUUCGAGAAGCUCAAGCACCCCAUGAACAGGGAGAAGAAUCUGGAGGCCCGUGACGAGGCGUUUGAGCGGAAGCUGGAAGCAACGCGGGAGAAGCUGGAGAGGAAGGAGAUUUCCCACGAGCGACGGCAGGAGGCCACUGAAGAGGCACUUCACAAGGUGCAUGCCUCCAAGGCGGAGAAGGAGGCGGAGAAGGAGGCUGAGAAGGGAACGGCUCAGCACGGAGUGGCGCCAGGUGCUGCCGGUGCAGCUGCUGCUGGCGCUGGUGCUGCUGCUGGUGCUGCUGGCGCUGGCGCCUACGGUGCAAGCCACGAGCGUGAGCGUGGAACCGGCCUGGGGACGCACGAGCGUGGUACAGGAACCGGUUACGGGGAGACUGGCACUGGCACUGGCACUGGUUAUGGUGCGAGCCAGGAGCGUGGGACUGGAGAAGGCGUGAUGGGGAAGGUCAAGCACGCUGUGACUGGAAAGCCUUCUGCUGAGCGCCGUGCUGAGAGUGGCACGGGUUAUGGUGAGAGUGCCACUGGCUAUGGUGAGACUGGCACUGGGUAUGGUGCGAGCCAGGAGCGUGGGACCGGAGGAGAAGGCGUCAUGGGGAAGGUGAAGCACGCUGUGACAGGAAAGCCCUCUGCUGAGCGCCAUGCUGAGACUGGCACUGGGUACGGCGAGACUGGCACUGGCUAUGGUACAACUCACGGCGAGCGUGGGACUGGAGGCGAAGGGGUCAUGGGAAAGGUGAAGCACGCUGUGACAGGAAAGCCUUCUGCUGAGCACUAUGGUGAGACUGGCACUGGUUAUGGCCACACUGGCACUGGUUAUGGUGCGAGCCAGGAGCGCGGGACGGGAGGUGAAGGUGUCAUGGGAAAGGUGAAGCACGCUGUGACUGGAACAGGAGGUACUGCUGGUGAGCGCCAUGCUGGCACUGGCACUGGCACUGGCACUGGUUAUGGUGAGACAGGAACUGGUUAUGGUGGUGAGAGUGGCACUGGUUAUGGUGCAACUCAGGAGCAUGGCACAGGAGGCAUUAUGGGCAAAGCAAAGGAAGCUGUGACUGGGACAGGAGGUGGUGGUGGUGGUGGUGGUAUCUUUGGGACGAUCAAGAAGGCAUUCACAGGAUCAAGUGAGCCCACGGCGGAGCGUCCUGUCGAGACUGGACGCACUGGCACUGCCGGGCAGGAGGAGUAUGAUCCGACUGCUCCUGUUUUCAUGCGGAAGUAG